CCAAACGUGCCCCCCCAGCUCGACGGGAGCACCGCUGACCUCCAAAGGGGCGCGCCACACUGUGCCAUGACUACCGGCAAAGGCGUCCUCAGUGUCGCAGUGCCCGCUGCAAGCACGCUGGCAGACGCCGUGGUGAUAGCCAGCAACGACGACUCUUCGCCUGCUUUGACCAAGCCACGUUCGACAUUCCAGUCAGACAGGAGCAAGGUUCGGAUCAUCUUCUCUUUUGUGGUCACCAUUCUGCUCGCGCUGCCGGUGUGGUGGAAGACGACGAGCAUUGAACGACUCCCGCUGCCUAGAGCUCAACUUGCGAACUGGAGCGAUCGGCUUGCUCAAGCGCACUUCGGCGAUGCUGCGACGGCGCAGCAUUGCGUAUUCGAGUUGCCCAUCAGGCUCCAUCUGUCUAUUCACGAUUCUUUAGUCGAAGAUCUUGUCUCUGGUUCAGCACGAGGCGAAGGGGCGGUUGGCGGCACGGGGGUAGCUGAGCAGACACUCGAACUGCUUGCGAAGCUCUCUGCCGAGUCCGCAGCUCUGCUUGCGCAACAUGCUGUUGCAGCCCAACCACAGAACGUCUCCUCUGCAGCAUGCGUGCGCUUCCUUGUCACAUAUGAGAAGAGCGUUGCGCAUGCCGGCGCUUUGGCGAUGGUGGAGAGUCAGCGGCUAACCGCGCUGGAGCACGGGCAGGCGGCAAAGCGCGAUGUGGAGCAGCUUCGAGAUGUGACACGAGAAGCGCAAGAAGAACGCAGGCCGUCACGAAAACACGAGCACCAUUCGCGGAUGAGUUCUGCUGCUUUGGCCGCAGAUCAAUCUAGCGCGGCCAGUGCGCAAGAGCUUCGGCAAAGAUUGGAUAUGCACCCGAUCCAAAAGGACUUGGGUCUGAAAGAGGAAGUUGAUGAGGCCGAAACCCACCUGGCAUUUGCAGAAACACCAUCGUCCCUCCUUCAACCGCGUCGCGCCAUGGGGGCAAUGGAAGCAUACUCAGUGCUGGACUACCGGAUACACCUCUAUGGAGAAGACUUGGGCGCAAGCGACACUUCAGAAGCAGCACAACAUGAUCUGGCCGUCCCCAUUUCAAAGAGCGAACGUUCGACCGUGGGCAUUGCCCAAACGCUCGUCGACAACUUCCUCCACGUCUUUCCUCUGUACUGCCUGUCUGCCGCCUCAUCUCGGCCCCAAGCGUGUGCAUCACCAGCCGGAGUUGAAUCCGGCAAGGCGAUCCAGCAUGAGAAGACGGUGGAGCUGGUCUUCAGCCUGGUGCAUGAAGAUGCCAGCGAUGGCGGCGCGUACACGGCAUGGGACAUCGCUGGUCCUCUACAUAACCAGGCCCAACUGGGGUCAGCAGGACAGUCAAACGACGGUCCUCAUCACGCUCGCAGAAGGCGAGGAAGCGCAAGCGUCAGCAGCGUGGAAGAGCCCAGGGCUGCCGGUAACCUUCAGUCGUCCCUCUCCGACAUAUUGGAUGCCCUUUCGGAGCAAAGUAUUCACGAUUUCAAGAUCGAGACGCAGAUGCUUUUCUAUGCGCCACUCGCAUUCAAGCCGCACCUCAAAACCACAUUGACGCCACAAACCUCGUACAUUCAAGUCGAACGCGAGGUGGAGGUGGAAGUCGAUGAAGACGAUAGCAAGGAUGCUUCGCCUGCAGACGGCGGGGAGGUUCUAUUAUCUGAUGAGAAUGAAGUAGAGAAGCCAAGGAGGUACCGCAAAGAGUUGCGCAGGUUCAUGCAGGAGGUUAGGACGGACGCGGUGCACCAUGACUAUGCGGUUGACAUGGAAGACCUGAAGAUCUUUGUCAAUGCAGGAGAGUGGAGUCUUGGUGCUAGCACCCCAUCGCUACCGCGAGAGCUUCGGCAACGCGGCCGCUUCCCCGCGGCUUCUGGAGCAUCACAUGAUAACUUGGCAGAAGCUGGGGACGAACCCCGCACACUCCAUUUCCUGCUUUUUGUUCCGUCCGCGAAGCACGCUCCCCUGCGUAUUCGCGACCCUCGGACCGGCAACUUCAGCUCGUCAAAGAGUUGGGUCAUCCCACAGUGGGGCGGUGUCGUUCUGCUCGAUCGCAAGGGGAUUCAGUCGUCCGAGGCGAAUGAUCUCCACGGCGUUCUCCCAGAGCAGAGCUUGGUGGAGGCGGUCACCCUGUGGAAUAUCCAUCUUCGCGCCUUGUUGGGACUGCCACGUAGCGCGUAUGGACUCUCGCAAGCAACUUCGGCUUCAGCCAACCCAACAGUCACAUCGUUCGAAGUUGAUCUGCUCGGUAUCGCUCGCAUCAAGGAAAACAUUAGGAACAGCAUAGAGACGCUGGACAGCAUCAUCAAGUUAGUGGACAAGCUGCAGAAUCUGGGGGUCGACAAAACCGUACAAGCCGACUUUCGUCAAAGUAUUGCGUGUUUGAACCAGAUCGAGGAGCGACUGUCGUCCACAUUGGCCACUGUCGACUGUACGGAUAGCAAAAGCAAGCUCUCAGAGCUGUUACAGCUCUCCUCUGAUGCAUCACGCUAUGCCUCUCAUUCAUUCUUCAAUCCGUUGAUGAUCACGCAGCUUUACUUCCCAGACGAACACAAGUAUGCCGUAUACACACCCCUGUUCGGACCCGUGUCCGUGCCGAUUAUAGUGGCGCUUUUGAAAGAGCUCAAGGGCCGGCUCAAGCAGCGCAAACAGCGCCAAAAUCAAGUUCCAAAGGACCGAAAGCGACAGUAGUGAUGUAUUUUGGAAAGGGGCAUAAUGCAUAUUCCAGC